UAAACGGUGUUUAUUUGGAUUUCUUCAAAAGGAAUAUAGAUAUCUAUUUUUUGUAUGAAGAUAGAGAAAAAUACAGCCAAAAAGGAAUGAACAUGAUAAAAUCAUCGAGCCCUAUACCGAAUAUUGUAAAAGGUAAUAAAAUGUUUAUUCAAAUAGAAGUAUUUAGAACGGGUCAGAUCGACAAGAAAAACGACGAAAAGGCACUGGGGCAGUAUUUUAAAUCACACGUUAUUGAAUUACAUGUUGGAGGAGGCAGGUUUAUCCAAAAUUGAAUCAGAACCUGUAUUAGAACAUGAGAUACAUGAAGAAAUUGUAGCAGAAUAUGUGAUCAGUAACAAUGCAUCGGAUAGAAUCAAAACUGCUAAUGCUAAUGCAUUUGAUAGGCCUGAAACCGGUUGGAUGGAACCAGCUGUUCGAACAUUGAUUUCAAUGGUGGACAAGAUUGGUCCAAUAGUAGGGAAGGUGCCACAAUUCAGAACUAAAAUGAAAAUGUGGAAAGAAAUACAAAACCGUCUUCAUAAUGACGGUUAUUCGUUUACGAUUAAACAAAUAUCGAAUAAAUUUUCUUCCCUAAAGCGUGGGUACGCGCCAGUCAAGCGACAUAGUAUCAAAAAACAAACUCGUCGAUCGCAUCCUUACGAAAGUGAAUUUAACGAAAUUAUCGAGAAUCACGAAAUUAAGGCAGACAAUGAAAGGUGCAGCUUCCAGAGCGCGACCGUGAAUAGUGAAGCAGACGAUUCAGAUAAUUCCGACGUCAAACACAGUAUAGUUGAAACAUAUUUAACAGAUCAGGAUCGUAACUCAGCAACUACAGAUAAAACCAUCAAUGGAGUCCCAAAUUUCCGAGCAGAAGUUAUGGCAGAAUUGCGAUCGAUUCGAGAAGAAAGUGUACAGUUUCACAGUCGUGUUCUAAAUAUUUUAGAAACUACCGAAAACAAAAAGAUUAAAUUAAUGGAAGAGAGAAAUGUUCUGCUUAAACGGCUUCUGGAUAAGUUUUAG